AAAGAGGACGUGGCCGGUAACACUAUGAGUGAGUUGAUAAAGAGCAUAAAAGCGGUAAAGGAAACGAUGAACGACUUGCUCAGUGCCAUCGUAGUAGAAGAUGCGGGCUCGAGCGUGACCAGAAAGGCGCAAAGCGAUGAUGCCCCGGAUGCGGAAGAAGACAGUAGCGAUGAUCCAGAUCAAAGCGCUCCGGAAACGAAAAAACAGCGCCAACAGGUUGAAUAGUACGCUGUUCGGUCCACAACGCAAGGGCUCCAAAAUCGUGUUGGUGCUUGGUGUUAAUGUUAAUUACUGCAGUUAAUCUUUGGAAACCUAUCACAGAUUGAAACCUCAUCCAUUGGUCAGUUUACGUGAACUAGAGACCUUUAUCAAUUAAUAACAAACGACGUUACCUUGGGUGUUCAAACCAAUUGCAUUUUUGUGCGCAUGACGAAAGUAAAGAUUUUUGCCGUUGCUAGGAUAGCCGCAUUUUGAAAAGAAACAAUUGCAAUACGUAGCACGUAUCAAUAUUUGUCUGUACAUAAAAAUAAUAAACCUGUGAAAGUUGCACAUCACCAAAUACCAUGUGUGAUCUAUCGAAACCUAACUAUCGUUCAACUGAAUCGUCAGAAAGCGAAGAUGUUAGUGACACUACGACUAGAGCGUCGACGGCCGAAUCCAACAGCCAGCUAGGCCCGAAAGCUAUGUUCAAUGAGAUGGAGAGUGGAAUGAUUAACAUCAUCAUCGAGGAAGCGACCUACAAGCUGAUCGUGAUAAAUCGGGACGGCGACAAAACGAGUGCCCCGAUCGUACGGAAGCCACCCAUGCACGUGCGGUUCGAUCCAGCGUACAAAAAUCAACUUCUGAGCGAGAACAUGGUCGUUGAUUUGGCGAUGGGGAAAAUGAUUUUGGUAAAGCUACAGAACGACAUUUCAAACCUACGCAAACUGCUUUCGGAUACGCACACGGAGAUGGCUGAAUUCGGGACGUUUGAAACGCUGCAAACGUUCAUGGACAACGAUAUACAGAGCGAGCAGGAGGAGCUGAUUCUGAUCCGUGACAGCAUCCUGAACGAUAAGAAACUGAAAAUCUUACAAACCCAGCUGGAGGGCGUUAACAGGGAGUGUAAGAAGGUGCUGAAACAGUUGGAUGAUGAAAUUUUCGACCUGGAAACGAGACUGAAAGAUGCACGCAUUGAGAACGACAUAAAAACCAAGCUUGUCCAGCAGUGGGAGCGUACCCGGCACGAGCAGGCACGCAUCAUCAUUCAGGGCAAGGAGAAUGAUCUCGUCCGAACAGCGACCCAGACCAAAGCGAACAUCGAGCGUGAGCUGCGACUGAAAAGUGAGAUUGAUGGUAAGGUGUACAUCAACUACUGCAUCGAUCAGAUCAGCGAAAAGAUCGCUUUCUGGACCGACAAGUAUCAGCGCGAAAUUAAGGCGCUGGAUGCACAGAUUGCCGAGCACAAGGACAAGAUAGUGAACCUGAAGGUGCAGUUCGAGGAGAUGACCAUACUGUUUAAGCACCGGGAGAAAGAUUUAAAAAUUUGCGCCGAAUUUAUGAAGGAGCGCGAACAGCAGCUGGCAUUCGCCAACAAGCAGAUGCGGUCGGCGAUCAAGAUUCAGGCCUGGUGGAGAGGUACGAUGGUGCGGAAGGGUUUGGGGCAGUUCAAGCGCAAGAAAAAGCAAAAGCCCCAGAAAGCACCGAAGAAAGGGAAGAAGGGAAAGUAAUAGGUGGCAGACGGGAGAUCCCUUGACUUGGAGACUUUUGAUAAAGACUGAAGACAUUUUAAAAUUAUUAAGUAGACUGACUGUAGGUUAUUGAGCACAUGUUCAUGGUUGUAUUCCAAUAUCUUUGAGGCAGAUUUAAUUUUGAACUCCCAACUACAUAUCCCUACUGGUAAAGCUUACUUUUCAGAUGCUCAGACGAAAUGUAAAAGUAACUCAAUCUUUUAUUUGCUGCUGCAUUUAUCGUUAUACAUCUUAGAUCCUGAGAUGAAGCCAUUCGUUGAAAUGAGAGAUUUCUAACCUCAGACUCAACCUUGAUAUUUUUUUGAGCAAAUCUCUAUAGGAUGAACUUACAGAAUCCAAUCACCUAACAACUCCAGGUCUAAACUUAGUGUCUAAGUGACUCACUGAAGUUCAUUGUAAUAUUAUGAAAGUAGUGCAUUGCAACUACAUCUCCAUUAUGGCGUGUGCAAUUAUGGGAGGUUUGUGCUAGAAACUUUCACUGCGAAUGAGGAAGUUGGAAUGGCAUUGCAUAUUGUGAUAACUUUUUACAAGUUUUGCGGAUUUUUGGAAACCUAUGAGCAAAGGUUUGCUGAGGAGGAUUCAACGCUCUAUGAUCAGGUUCCAGUAGCCUAGUGAUGUCAUUAGAAUGGCAUGGAAUUACUAAGCUUCAGUCGAUGACAUUGAUACGCCUGAUCUUUGGACUGUAACCGCACCGAAAGACUUCUGCAGCUAGUUUGUUUCACUGCCUGAUGUAUUAUCGUUUUCUUCUUCUUCUUUUGGCUAAACGACCUCUUAGAUUAUGUCUGCCAUUUCUGGCUUACUAGACUUACUGAUACCACGUAGUUGGAUAGUUAGAUAGUUCUCACUACGGGGUAACGGUCCAGAUGGGAUUUGAAUGUCGUAUGAAGAUCGGCAGUGCGGUGGCCGAGGCGACAGCGGCGCCGGUCUUCACACGGCAGGGCCCCAUCCAGAAGACCGUCUCUCCGUCCGUAGGGCUGACUUGACUACUUACUUUACUACGGGUAAAAUUAAGUAACAGAAAGUCAGAAAUGGCAGGCCGAGACCUCUCGAGGUUGUUAGUGCCAAGGAAGAAGAAGAAAAUGAAGAUCGGCGCCAUUGUCGCUUCUACCACCGGGUCAGGUUUAAGCGCUUUAUAAUCACACAAAUGUAAUUCAAAAGAUAAAGUUUGAAUUUUUUAAUUAAAAAAGCGUCAAAUUUACUAUUACCAAUUUAAAUAUCUCUGAAAAACUUGUUCCUUACUAAACUCUACUUGGAUACAAUAUUUACACAAGCAAUAAAUCGUCAGUAGUUACAUGUUUACUUACUAUUACUUGAUUACAUGUUGCUUUAGAACUAGUUCUGAUACGAAAUGACAACAACCACAUCAAUCUGGAACGUGAUCUGUAAUUGAUUUGGGGAUUUUUUUUUUAUUCAUAAAGAACGGCCUGGCCGUAUUGCUGAUUUGGGGAUUUCUCAGAAACAAAAGUUCGAUUGGAUCGAGUGGAAUUUGCUAGAUAGAUAGAGAUGCAAUACUGAUACGAGAAUUGAGAUUGCCGUAGCGUUCCUGGCUGCAGUUGGUUCAUUCCAUUACCUCAGGAGCUCAGCAAGUUUUUUGCUUGGGAUUUUCAGCGUAGGUUCAUCUGUAGUUUCUGUGUCCUGUAGCUGGUGGGUUUAUCUCGUGGAAGUUCCCAAAAAAAAACACGUGUAGUUCAAUUAUUAGAAUCUAUGGUUCAUUUGACCCAUUACCUAUCAAAUCAUUAGACUGAUCUUUAAUUUGCUGUAAUUAGAUACGUUCGCCAACACGAAAGACAAUCCAUUGGCAAAUCUGAAUGGCCGACAAACAGCUUAAUAUCUGAACGUUUGAAAAAUCCCUCCCUCAGUGAAAGUAGUAUCCACUCUUUGUCUAAUUAUAUCAAAAGAUCUACCGUCGAUUGAUCUUCAACCACACUCUACCGUACGGAGGGCAACGUCCUGCACGCUUCCCAAGGCGGACAACGUUUAUUGAAAGAUGGGGCCAACUUAAUUAUUUGCCAAUAUCGCCGAUCGUCCGAUAGGUGUUGCGUGCGCAAGGUACACAUUGCGUGCGUAUUUAACAUACCGAUUGCGUUGGAGUUGGGCGAUGGUGGUGCUCGAAUUGGAUUCGACAAUAAAAUACGCACAUCGUUGUGGCACGUUCCGCGCACGCUGUAAUAGUGCCGUUAUUGGUGGGGAAUGUACCUCAUAAACCGUGCUAAAACAUCGGCGGAGGCAUCGUGUCAAGUACGCCGCACACGUUUACAGCCGCAGGAUGGUGGCGCACGGUUGAGCGUAAUUAACACCUGAUGCCGCAAAGCACGGAAGUGUUCUCACGGGUUUACCAUCGUCGGGGCAUCCAGCGCGGGUCAGGUUAGUUCAGUAGCAGUAGUAGGCAGCAUGUGCUAGUUGAAUAAAUUACGCCUAAUGACGGUGCGUCUUAUCAAUCGGUGGAUGAAUGUA